GUUGCUAUUGAAGGUGCACUGUCUAGAGGCGCCAUUCGCGAGGCCUUAGGAAGGGGCCUCCGCCCUGCAGGCGAUUUGCUGCCCUGGACGUUGGCGCAGGCCUUUGGAGACGAAGAUGUGGGGCUUCUUACAGGGGCAAGGAUUGUACGGAUUGCCGUGCACCCGAGUUUACAGCGGAUGGGGUUUGGGUCUGCCGCACUGCAGCAGCUAAUUGAGUUCUUUGAAGGGAAGGGAGUGUCUCUUCAGGAGCCUCCUGAGUUUGCUGCCUUCGCCCAAGUCAAGCAAAAGCAGCAGCAGCAGCAGCAGCAGCAGCAGGAUAAGAAGAAGAAGAAAAGACGAGAAAAAGUAUCAGCCAUAAACGCGGAUAUAGAAGACCUUGAUGCUGAGGUGGGGGCAUCAGAAGAAGAGACAGAAAAGGAGACAGAAGAAGAGACAGCUGCUGAGGACGAGACGGAGACAGAGGAGACACCAGCAGCAGCAGAGUCUCCUUCCUUAAAGUCAAAGCAACGCAAGAAGGAAAAGCGUGCUGCUAAGAAGCAAGCAGCAGCAGCAGCAGCAGCAACAGCAGGAGGAUCUGCUGCUGCAGGUCUGUCUCUUCGAGAGGUGACGUACAAGCAGCUGCAGCAGAUUGCUUCUACUCCUCCUCUUCUCUGUGCAUGCAGCAGCAGCUGUCCUCCCUUUUCUAUUGAUUAUCUUGGGGCUGCCUUUGGCCUUACAGAGCCCCUGCUGCGGUUCUGGUCGCGACAAGGUUUUGUUGCUGUUCACCUAAGGCAGCAGCCCAACGAUAUAACAGGAGAGCAUAGCUGCAUUAUGCUGAUGCAGCAGAGAACCAUACAACAAAGGAGCAGAGACACCGUAGUGGACUCUUCGGGGGUAUUCAAGCAGAAGAGGAGACAGUAG